AUGUGUAUCAUGAGGACUUAUGAGACGCGUGGACGCACUGUCGUCGAGCCGCCUCCCCGGCGCGGAAACUUCACCUCACACCCGCCAGCCGGUGUCAUGCGCUUGCCACGUGAAUGGCGCCGUACAGAGAGUAUCAGCGAUGACGGUCGCUACGUUGAGUACAGAUCACGAUCACGGCCUCGAGUCAUCGAGUACUAUGAGGAGCCGCGUCGCAGCACCACUCGCACAAGGAGCGUGUCGAGGCGUCGCGUGACGCCCAGAACAAGCUAUAUAGACCCACGUGACAGCUAUGUCGACGAACGCAUUACCAGGAGGAGUGUCAGCCGGGUCAGGCACUAG